AUGGACUCCCUGAAAACCUUUAACUUGGAGAAUAUACAACACAACGUUCGUCGUAACCUCACUCAAGUCGAUCCAAGGCUUCCCAAGGAGAUAAGGAAUAUUCAAUUACUUUUGGCAGAAGAAAAAAAUGUUUUGGCAAGUAUGCAAAACUUUUCCGAGGAGAAAAGGGAAGCAAGCAAGCUUCUUCGUAUUUGGGGUAAGGAAAACGGUGACGAUUUUGAGGAUAUUACCGAUAAGUUGGCCGAUUUAUUGUCAAAAGUUUCUGACAUCGAGCAGGUUAUGACAGAAAAAUAUGGCCACUAUCGGAAUCUUCUCAAGGAAAUUCGCACGGCCGAAGAAGCACUAAUUCCUUCGAGAGAACGCAAACGAAAAAUACAUGAAGAAAUACAAAGAAUUCAGAAAUCCCACCCCAAAUCUCCACGAAUUCCGGAACUUGAAGCCGAUCUCGCGCACGUGAAUAAAGAAUCUGCAUCGAGUGAGGCGGAAGCUGGAAAUACUAUCCGAAAAAAAUUAAAGGAAGCUCUGAAAUUAUAUCUCGAAUCCUUGUUCGAGAAUUCAGAAAAGAUUGCAAUAAUUUCAGGUUUCGGAUGGGACAUUGUUGAUCAGAUUGAUGACACACCCUACAAGCUUAAUUCCGAUAGGCCAGAAUACGAGGGAAAAGAAACUACAUAUCAAAUAAUUAAAGAAUGUCAGGUUGCUUUGCUCCGCUGGCAACCUUCGUCAACUGAUAUCAGACCCCUUUUACCCGCAUUAACCAACACAGCCCCAGCCGCUUUAGCUGCGCAAAAGCAAGAGUAUGAAGAAAAAUUAAGUCAACUCACCGCUUCAAUGAACAGUUUAAGGGAAGAGCAUGAAUCUCAGGUCAAAGGUUUUGCCACCAACUUGGAAGAGCAAAGGAAAGCAUUUGAGACUCAGGUUAACGACUUAGCCGCCGCCUUGGAAAGUCAGAAAGAAGGUUAUGAAGCACAGUUGAAUGAUCUUUCCGCUGCCCUAUCAGAAGAAAAAAAAGCAUCCGUACAGAAAAUUAACGAAGCCAAUGCUGCUUUGACCGGUCAAAAGGAACGGUACGAUGCGCAGAUAGCUGAACUAAAUGCCAUUAUCGAAACUCAAAGGAAACAAUAUGAAGAGCAGCUUAAACAAUAUAAUACCCUGAUAACGACAAAACAAGAAUACGAAGUUGCAUUAAAGGAACGCGACUCGAUUGUAUCUAAGCUUCAAAAUGACAUUAGCAGCGUCGCCACGGAAAGGGGUAAACUAAGUCAAUUGGUGAAAGACCUAGAGGAGACGCUCAAAUCGAAAUCCACCUUGGAAAAAAAGGAAGACAAGGUUGGAAAAUUAGAGGACGAAAUUUCCAGCAUAAAGAAUCAACUUGCAGGACUGAAAUUCACUUCCUCAGUUAAUACCACGCAACUGUCUGAUCCGGGUCAUCGUUCUAUUUCGAGUGCUGCUGGCGAUACCUCCACCAUUCCAACAACAGCAACAGCCCGUAUACAACAUGUAUCCACAGUUCAACAACCUCCGUAUGGAUACCAACAGCCACCGCCACCACAACAACCAGUCUACACACAACCACAACAGCCACAACAGCCACAAGGCAAUUUUGUCGGAGGAUUUUGGAACCCAGACGAUGCACCCCCAGCUUACGAUGGUCCGAAGGAAGGGUAUAAUGAUGAUAAAAAAACGUCACCGACGUCUCCGAUACCGCCGGUCGCGCCGUAUAAUCUUAAAGAUGACGAACUAGCCUGA